AUGUCUGGACGCAAGGACUUCUUGAGUCAGAUCGCGCCUGAAAAUUAUGUCGCUGGGUUGGGACGUGGUGCCACCGGAUUCACAACACGAUCCGACCUAGGCCCAGCGAGGGAGGGCCCAAGUGAAGAUCAGAUCAAAGAAGCUCUAGCGAAACGCGCUGCACAGCUUGGAGCAGCCCCGCCGACAGCAUACGGUGCUACAGAAAAAAAGGAAGAGGACGACGAUGAUGACCGGUUUCAGGAUCCAGAGAACGAGACCGGUUUGUUUGCAAAUGGGCAAUUCGAUCGUGAUGACGACGAGGCAGAUCGUAUAUAUCAAGAUAUCGACGAACGUAUGGAGAAGAGAAGAAAAUCAAGAAGGGAAGCACGCGAAGCCCAGGAGCGAGCAGACUACGAAGCCAACAAUCCGAAGAUCCAACAGCAAUUCGCAGAUCUCAAGCGGAGCCUUGCUAGUGUGUCAGAAGAAGACUGGGCAAACCUACCGGAAGCUGGAGACUUGACUAGGAAAAACAAGAGAACCAAGACUGAGGCCCGCAAUAGAUUUUACGCAGUGCCGGAUAGUGUCAUUGCUGGAGCGAGAGAUUCAACUCAGAUGGACACCAGCGUGGUAGACGAUGGCUCUACUAAUGGAGCAGGUGGAGAUGCCAUGGAUGGGACUAUGACCAAUUUUGCGGACAUCGGAGCUGCAAGAGAUAAGGUGUUGCAGGUUCGGCUGGACCAAGCAGCCCAAUCAGGAGGUGCAGACUCCACAUCAGGCAUUGCCACGAACAUCGAUCCCAAGGGCUACCUAACGAGCCUUUCAAAAUCCGAACUCAAGGCUGGUGAGGUGGAGGUUGGAGAUAUAAACCGUGUGCGAGCCUUACUAGAGUCUGUCAUCAAGACCAACUCACGGCAUGCCCCAGGCUACCUGGCGCUGAGUCGGCUGGAGGAACUCGCUGGAAAAAUAGUUGCAGCAAGGAACGUCAUAGCCAAGGGUUGCGAGAUUUGUGGUUCACAGAGCGAGGAUAUUUGGCUCGAAGCCAUUCGCCUGUCGAGCGGAGGGGACAACCACAAUGGCAAGGUCAUUGCAGCCAAUGCGUUGAAGGCACAGCCACAAUCUACAAGGCUUUGGAUCCAGGCCAUGGAGUUGGAGAACACGAUUCCGGGGAAGAAGCGUGUAAUGCGCAAAGCUGCGGACUUUCUCUCAAAGAGUGUGGUCAUUUGGAAGGAGAUGAUCAAGCUUGAAGACAGCGAACAAGAUGCUAAAUUGCUAUUAGCUAAAGCUACAGAGGAAAUACCGCUCUCCGUAGAGCUCUGGCUGGCGUACGCUCGGCUUGUCGCGCAAACCGAAACACCGGAGAAUGCCCAGAAGGUCCUGAACAAAGCUCGAUUGGCCAACCCAUCCUCGCAUUUGGUCUGGAUAGCGGCUUCGCGGUUAGCAGAAGAAACUGGUAAAGGAAAUCCAGAACAAAUUAUCCGUAGGGCCAUUCAGUCAUUGGCUCGUGAGAAUGCCAUGUUGAAGCGCGAGGAAUGGGUACAGGAGGCGGAGAAAUGCGAGACUGAGGGUGCGAUCAAGACAGCAGCGUGCCUCAUAAGGGAGACCCUGGGCUACGGCCUGGACGAUGAUGACGAUGACCGCAAAAACAUCUGGAUGGAGGAUGCACAAGGGUCUAUCAGUCGAGGCAGAUACGAGACCGCAAGAGCCAUCUACGCCUACGCGUUACGGGUUUACUUCACUUCCAGAAAACUUUGGCGAGCCGCUGUCGACCUCGAAAAAGCUCACGGAACACCAGAAGCUCUCUUUCAGCUUAUGGAAAAGUCAGUCGAGGCCGUGCCCAAUGACGAAGGCCUUUGGAUGAUGUACGCCCGAGAAAAAUGGCGGACCAAUGAGCUUGAUGAAGCACGUAAGAUUCUUGGCCGAGCUUUCAACCAGAACCCGGAGUCCGAAUCCAUAUAUCUUUCCGCCUUCCAACUGGAAGCGGACAACCAUCAAAUAUCGGCCGCGCGGGAACUACUCCGCACCGCUCGCCAAGAAGCCAGUACGGACAGAGUGUGGUACAAGAGUGUUGCUUUCGAGCGUCAACAGGGCGAUAACGAAGCAGCGCUUGAUCUAUGCCAGCAAGCUUUGAAUACAUUUCCAAGUUGCUGGAAAUUACAUGCCUUGAAAGGACAAAUAUACACAUCGAAAGGUCAAAUACCGCAAGCGCGAGAAGCGUACAACGUCGGAACACGGGCAUGCCCCGCAGCUGUACCACUCUUUAUCCUCCUCAGCCGCCUCGAAGAAGCAAGCGGCGUAGUCGUCAAAGCCCGAAGCGUACUCGAACGGGGCCUAAUGUCCUCGCCCAAGAGCGCCGAGCUCCGACUCGAAGCCAUCCGCGUCGAACGCCGAGCGGGCAACAUACCCCAAGCCAAAGUCCUAAUGGCCAAAGCGCUCCAAGCCCUCCCGAGUAGCGGCCUCCUCUGGUCCGAAUCAAUCUGGCACCUUGAACCGCGCACGCAACGUAAACCCCGCAGUCUCGAAGCCAUCAAGAAAUGCGACAACGACCCCACACUCUUCGUGACCGUCGCCCGCGUCUUCUGGAAUGAACGUAAGUUAGACAAAGCCGCAAAUUGGUUCGAGAAGGCGAUUGUGCUGGAUGCGGACUUGGGAGAUACGUGGGCUUGGUACGUCAAGUUUUUGAUGCAGCAUGGGACGGAGGAGAAGAGGAGGGAGGUGGUGGAGAAGUGUGUGGCGAAUGAGCCGAGGCAUGGGGAAGUGUGGCAGAGGGUGAGGAAGGAACCGGCGAACAAGGCGUUGGGGACGGAGGAGGUGUUGAAGAGGGUGGUGCGUUUGUUGGAUGAGGAGGAGAAGGGAAGGGGUGGUUAG